AUGAACCCCGUAGACUUCCUCCGCUCCCAGUUCAAGACGCUGCCUUACCCGUCCGAGGACUGCGCGGGCCGCACGGUGAUUGUGACGGGCUCCAACGUCGGCCUGGGCCUCGAGGCGGCGCGGCACUUUGUGCGUCUCAACGCUGCGAAGGUGAUCCUCGCCGUCCGUAGCACCGACAAGGGCGAGGCGGCCAAGACGGACAUUGAGCUGACGACGGGCCGGCGCGGCGUGCUCGAGGUGUGGCCGCUGGACCAGGCGUCGUUCGACAGCGUCAAGGAGUUCGCGGCGCGCGCGGACAAGCUGCCACGGCUGGACUGCGUGGUGCUGAACGCCAGCAUCGCGACGGUCAAGAGGGUCGACGCCGAGGGAUGGGAGAGCCAGAUCACUGUGAAUGUGCUGAGCACGUUCUUGUUGAGUAUGAAGUUGAUGCCGGUGCUGCGGAGAACGGGAAAGACGCACAAUGUGACGCCGAAGAUUGUCAUUGUCGCGUCAGAAGCGAGCCAGAUGGCCAAGUUCCAUGAGCGCAACGCCGAGGACAUCUACAAGGCACUCAACACCAACAAGAGCCUGAAGGACCGGUACAACACGACCAAGCUGAUGCAGGUGAUCCUCGCGCGGCAGAUGGCCAUCGCGGCGGACGCGUCAGGCAAGGGGAGGGUGCAGGUGACGACGCUGAACCCGGGCCUCUGCGCAACGGCGCUGUUCCGCAACAUACCGUUCCCCCUGACGAUCAUCGUCAAGGUCGGGCUGAAGCUGCUGGCCAGGUCGGCCGAGGUCGGCUCGCGGUGUCUGUUGGCGGCGGCGUUCGCGGGUGAGGAAGCCCACGGGCGGUAUAUGAGCGACUGCGUCGUCACCAAGUUCCCCAAGCUCAUGCAAGGGGAAGAAGGAGAGCAGAUGCAGGGACGGCUGUGGGAGGAGACAGUGGAGUUGUUGAAUGGAGUUGAUCCUGGAGUUUCGAUGAAUCUGUGA